ACCAUAUCACCCAAUACAACACAAAAGACCCUUUUUUACUUCCCCCACCGCCAAAAGAAUCAAAACCAAUACUCCACGGCUCAACCCCACGACGGUGCCACGCCCUCCAUGGGAAAACAGAAGCAACAGGUGAUUUCCCGCUUCUUCGCUCCCAAACCCAAACUCCCCUCACCUUCAACUUCACCAUCAGAAUCACCAUUACUCCCAAACCCGCCAACCCCUCCCCCUAAGAUCACCGCCACUGUCACUUUCUCACCCUCCAAACGCCUCCGCAACUCCAACCUCACGUCCCCCACCUCCUCUCCCUCCAAAACCCCAAGACUUUCUUCACCCGAUCCGUCCCUCCACCAAAAAUUCCUCAACAAACUUCUAGAACCAACUGAAGACCUUGCAAGUAGUUCCCAAAAAAACCCACUUUCUAAUCCCAAGUAUACCCCACUGGAGCAACAAGUCGUGGACCUCAAAGAGAAAUACCCAGAUGUUCUUUUGAUGGUUGAGGUUGGUUAUAGGUACAGGUUUUUCGGUGGAGAUGCCGAGAAUGCGGCUAGGGUUUUGGGGAUUUAUGCCCACGUGGAUCACAAUUUCUUGACGGCCAGUGUGCCGACUUUUCGGUUGAAUGUUCAUGUAAGGAGGCUUGUGAGUGCUGGGUAUAAGGUGGGUGUGGUGAAGCAGUCUGAGACAGCGGCAAUUAAGGCCCAUGGGUCGAACAGGUUGGGGCCUUUCUGUCGCGGGUUAUCGGCAUUGUACACCAAGGCCACGUUGGAGGCUGCAGAGGAUGUUGGAGGUGGCGAAGAGGGGUGUGGGUCGAGCAGCAACUACUUGGUUUGUGUUGUUGAGAAAGGGGUGGGCGGUGAGAACGGGAAAGAGAGUGGGGUUGAUGAUGUGAGGAUAGGGGUAGUUGGGGUUGAGAUAUCUACUGGGGAUGUGGUUUAUGGGGAGUUCAAUGAUAAUUUGAUGAGGGCUGGGCUUGAGGCUUUCAUUUUGAGCUUGUCCCCUGCUGAAUUACUCCUUGUGGAGCCUCUCUCUAAACAAACUGAGAAGUUGCUAUUGGCAUAUGCUGGACCAGCCUCAAAUGUCCGCGUGGAGCGUGCCUCAAGAUAUUGCUUCAAUGAGGGUGGGGCACUUGCUGACGUGAUGUCUUUAUACGAGAAUACUAGUGAAAAUGGCUUGGGGGAUCAGCAAGAGGAAGGAACAGAGGUGAGAGAGCGGGGAAAUAGCCACAUGGCAAUUGAGGGAAUUAUGGCCAUGCCAGAUUUCACUGUCCAAGCAUUAGCUUUACUCAUUCGUCAUCUCAAACAAUUUGGAUUUGAGAGGAUUCUUAGCCUGGGAGCUUCAUUUCGGCCUUUCUCGGGGACCAUGGAAAUGACUCUUUCAGCCAAUUCAAUCCAACAACUAGAGCUUUUAAAGAAUAACUCUGAUGGAUCUGAGUCUGGAUCCUUGCUGCACUGUAUGAAUCACACACUUACUAUAUUUGGGUCAAGGCUUCUGAGGCACUGGGUGAGUCAUCCUUUAUGUGAUCGGAACAUGAUCUUGGCUCGUCUUGAUGCUGUUUCUGAGAUUGCAGAGUCCGUGGGAUCUUCAUCUUCUAAAGCUUCAUGGAGUUUGAGCAACAUUGAUGAGGGAGGCCAUGAUGUCACAUUUGUGCAACCUGAUUUUAGUUAUUUGCUUUCUUCAGUUUUGACUGCCCUAGGAAGGUCACCUGAUAUUCAGCGUGGGAUAACCAGAAUCUUCCAUCGAACAGCCACGGCAUCUGAGUUUGUGGCAGUCAUUCAAGCUCUCUUAGUAACUGGAAAACAACUUCAGCAACUUCACAUUGAAGAAGAGGGCAAAAGUAAGAGUGUGUCGAGAAAAACUGUGCAUUCCGUGUUGUUGAGAAAGUUGAUUUUGACAGCUUCAUCAUCUAGUGUUAUUAGCAAUGCGGCUAAACUUCUGUCUGCCCUGAAUAAAGAAGCUGCUGAUCGAGGCGAUCUUCUGAAUUUAUUCAACAUUUCGAGUGGACGGUUCCCGGAGGUUGCUGAAGCUGGAACAACAGUUCAAUUGGCAAAAGAGAAAUUGGAUUCAAUGAUUGUUUUGUACCGCAAACAGCUUGGAAUGCAUAAAUUAGAGUUCAUGAGCGUGGCUGGCACAACGCAUUUGAUAGAGAUGCCAUCAGAUGUCAAGGUACCAUUAGACUGGGUGAAAGUAAAUAGCACUAAGAAAACAAUUCGCUAUCACCCUCCGGAAGUAUUGACUGCCCUGGACCAUUUAACACUGGCACAAGAGGAGCUUGGUGUUGUCUGCCGAGGUGCCUGGGAUGGCUUUCUUGAGGCCUUCGGUAAAUAUUAUGGAGAGUUCCAAUCUGCUGUUCAAGCACUAUCUGCUUUGGACUGUCUGCAUUCACUUGCUAUACUUUCAAGAAAUAAGAACUAUAUUCGUCCAGAUUUUGUAAAUGAUGCUGAACCUGUUCAGAUACAUAUCUCUGCUGGUCGUCAUCCGGUUAUGGAGACUAUAUUGCAAGAUAAUUUUGUCCCAAAUGACACACAUUUGCAUGCAGCAGGAGAGUUCUGUCAGAUAGUGACAGGGCCAAAUAUGGGAGGGAAGAGUUGCUAUAUUCGCCAAGUUGCUCUGAUUGCCAUAAUGGCUCAGGUUGGUUCCUUUGUCCCAGCGUCAUCAGCAAAACUGCACGUGCUUGAUGGCAUCCACACACGAAUGGGUGCUUCUGACAGUAUCCAGCAAGGACGGAGCACAUUUUUGGAAGAAAUGAGCGAGGCAUCCACCAUAAUCCAUAAUUGCACUCCCCAAUCUCUAGUUAUCAUUGAUGAGCUUGGGCGAGGCACUAGUACACAUGAUGGGGUUGCAAUUGCUUAUGCUACAUUGCAUCAUCUUCUCGCACAGAAAAGAUGCAUGGUUCUAUUUGUUACCCAUUACCCAAAAAUAGUCGACAUCAAGAACGAAUUUCCAGGCUCUGUGGGGGCAUACCAUGUUUCAUACAUGACAUCACAGAGUGUAACAGAUGUGAUGGACUCAAAUGAUAAGAAUGGUGAUAAAAUGGACCAUCAAGAUGUCACGUACCUUUAUAAGCUUGUGCCUGGUGUUUCAGAGAGGAGUUUUGGAUUUAAGGUUGCUCAGCUUGCACAGCUACCUCCUUCGUGUAUUCGUCGAGCUAUUGUCAUGGCUACAAAGUUGGAGGUAGCAGUAGGCAAACGAGAGGAAAGUAGACUGGCACUGAAGACACGGGACAAGAAUGCAGAAACACAAGAGAACGUCUUGAAAUCUCAAGAUUGUCCGCUUGCGCAAGGCUUUGAGAUAGAAGAAUUGACUGACAAUUACAGGGUGUUUUUCGAAAACAUCAACUCUGCUUUGGGGGACUGUGACCUAGCAAAUUCCUUCCAGUUUCUGAAACGUGCUAGAAGCAUUGGAAUGGAGUUGAUCAAUGAGUACAAGACCAUUUAAAAGUGUGGUAUUCUCUGCUGCAAUUUUUGUAUUGUGUUCUUCUCAAUCUUUCCCUUGCAAAGGGCAAAGACAGUUGGCGAAUUUUCCUAUAGCAGCACGAAUACUGCCUAUCAAAUUGAUUGGAUAAGCUGCAAAUUUUGUAAUUAGUCAUGUGCAGAUGUCGACACAAGUGAGUCUGGAAGUGGCAAGCCAUAGCAAGAUCUUGUUUUUGAGGAGGGUAGAAAUUCCUAUGUAUUUUCACUUUAGAGUUGUGUAAGUUAUGCUCUGUAUUGUACAGUUCCAAGAAUGAAAUGAGUGGAAUUUCACAGUAA